GGCUGAUCGGGGUGAGUUCCGGGGGCAGUGAGGCCGGUUGUGCAUUGUCCUGCAAGCCAAGCAGCCAGAGUGGGAGGGGUUCUGCCCAAACCCAGCUGUUUGGCAUCAGAAAGAGAAGGGUCAUUUCAGAGCAUUUCUAGGAGACUCAAACUCCCCUGCGUUGCCAGCUCCCGAGCGCACACACACUCUGGAGUUCACAGGCCACAAGCAGAGCCAGCCCCCUGCUCUCAUGCAGCUCCGGGCAGUCGGAGAGGAGAGGAUGAUGAUGAUUGCCUGAGCCUGUCACCACACUGGCUGCAGCAGCUGUGCACGGCUCAGUCCUGAGCUGUGCAAGGCUGGAGGAGGAGGCAGUGUUGCUCAGAGCCGAGCGAGGGUGGAUCUCUCGCCAUAGAAGCAAGAGGGGAAGCUGUCAGUGGGAGAGAUGGAGCAGCCGUGUCUGAGAGCAACCUCCCUCUAAGGGAUCCGCUGCGUGUGUGUGUGUGUGUCCCUGUGCCUCGGAUUUCCGCCCGUGCCCCUAAUCUCAUGGCUGGUUUUACAUCCGUGCACAACAGCUGGGCUUGCUCCAUUCGGUGAGCUCCAGAAACAAAGGCACUUCAGAGCCGGACGGACACACGCCCAGCCGCCUUGUUGUUAUUAGCCACGGAGGAAGGCGACAGCCCCGCGGAGCUCUCCGCCUCGCCUGCCGCCGGGCUCUGUGUGUCUGUGCGGGGGAGCGCACGAGAAGCCGCUCCUGCCUGAAGAGACCGCUUCCUCGGCUCCACGUUAACAGCUAGUGAUUUUCCACACCUCUCCGCUCCUUCCCCGACAAGUGGCUGGGCCAUGGGAGACAAAGGAACCAGAGUAUUUAAGAAAGCGAGUCCCAAUGGAAAGGGGCGGUGCGGGCGAAUUCCAAUCUGAUUUGUUCUGACGGCCAAUCAGACAUCUGAGCCGGGGCGGCAGGCAAGGCGGGGGAUGUGCGUUCUCAUGGAUAAUGAAGAGCUCACCGUCUACCUUGGGAAGAGGGACUUUGUCGACCACAUAGACGUUGUGGAUCCCGUUGAUGGCGUCGUGUUGGUCGAUCCAGAGUACUUAAAAGAAAGGAAAGUCUUUGUCACGCUGACGUGCGCCUUCCGCUACGGACGGGAGGAUCUGGAUGUGCUGGGAUUGACCUUUCGGAAGGACCUGUUUGUGGCCAACAUCCAGGCCUUCCCCCCAGUCCCUGAGGAGAAGAAACCCCUGACGCGACUCCAGGAGCGGCUGAUUAAGAAGCUCGGCGAGCAUGCCUACCCCUUCACUUUUGAGAUCCCUCCCAAUCUGCCGUGCUCCGUCACUCUGCAGCCUGGACCGGAGGACACGGGGAAGGCCUGUGGCGUUGACUACGAGGUGAAAGCUUUCUGUGCAGAGAACCUGGAGGAGAAAAUCCACAAGAGGAAUUCCGUGCGCCUGGUGAUCCGCAAAGUGCAGUACGCGCCGGAGAGACCGGGCCCCCAGCCCAUGGCGGAGACCACCAGGCAGUUCCUGAUGUCCGACAAGCCACUGCAUCUGGAGGCGUCCCUGGACAAGGAGAUUUACUACCAUGGCGAGCCAAUCAACGUCAACGUCCAUGUGACAAACAACACAAACAAGACGGUGAAGAAGAUUAAAAUCUCAGUGCGCCAGUACGCGGACAUCUGCCUAUUCAACACUGCUCAGUACAAGUGCCCCGUGGCUGUGGAAGAGGCGGAUGACGUGGUGGCUCCGAGUUCGACGUUCUGUAAAGUCUACACGCUGACCCCCUUUCUCGCCAACAACCGGGAGAAGCGGGGCCUGGCCCUGGACGGGAAGCUUAAACAUGAAGACACCAAUCUGGCUUCCAGCACGUUACUAAGAGAUGGAGCCAAUAAGGAGAUCCUGGGAAUUAUUGUCUCGUAUAAAGUGAAAGUGAAGCUGGUGGUGUCUCGGGGAGGCCUGCUGGGAGAUCUUGCAUCCAGUGAUGUUGCUGUGGAGCUGCCGUUCACACUGAUGCACCCCAAGCCCAAGGAAGAGCCCUUGCACCGGGAUGUUCCAGAGAAUGAAGCUCCCAUAGAUACAAAUCUCAUAGAGCUUGAUACAAAUGACGACGACAUUGUGUUUGAAGACUUUGCCCGACAGAGACUGAAAGGCAUGAAAGACGACAAGGAGGAAGACGAGGAGGGGACAAACUCGCCGCAGCUGAACGACAGAUAAACGGGAUUCUUUUAACCAGUUUUGUUUGUUUCCAGUAACACCUCUGCAUUAGGCUUCUUAUAUUUUGUAUGAUUUUUUUUUUCUACAUGUACCGGGAGCCUAUGGAUCACCCAGCUGGUGACGGCAAUUAUAACCUUACAGCUGUGCCAUAUUUAUCACCAUGCAUCUAGCUACCUAGGCUGAAGUCUCGUCAGCUGUCUCGAGAACGAACACAGGGUGGUGGGCCAGAUCCCGAGGGGGGUUGCAGCAAGCAGGUGUCACCGACGCUCAGCACCCCUUAGGAUUUGGCCCCCUCUAGUCCCUGGCUCUGUUUUCACUCUGGAGCAGCUGCUCUCAGCCCUUUCGUAUGAUCUGCAUCUUUUAUGCAUUUUGUAUAAUCCAGACAAGACAAAUCUUUGUUACGGGGGUGGGAGGAAGGGGUGGGGUGGACAACGCGUGUGAAAGGGGUUUAUUUUCUAGGCAAAUUGUUUUCACUGCAGAUGGGACAGUGUAUGAAGUGGGCACAAUGCUACACCCUGGCUGGAGAACAGUUGUGACACCGAUCAGCUGACCACACUGAGUCCCGGGCUGUGACCUGCCCUCCCUGCGGUUCACAGCCUAUUGGCAAAGCCUGCAGAUCUGUGCACGGCCCAUCUGGGCCGAGAGCCUUGCCGACCCUUAGCACAGAGCCCACGCCCCAACCUCAGCACUGCUGGUCCCCAGCCCCUGUCCCUCAUCUUGCUGGCUGAUGGCAAGGAUCUCCCUCGCUCGAGGGCAACUAGACUUCCCAGUGUGGGUCCCACGCUGGCCCUGCUUUGACCCCUGUACCCGCACCAGGAUCCUAGCCCCACACAGGGUCUUGCAGGAAGUGGUGGAGAACUGGCUGGGCCAGGGUGCUCCUGCUGGCCACUCAGGGAGGCUGUGCAGAGCCCCCUGUUAGCUGCAGGCAGUGCUGGACAAGGGUUCCUGCCUGGGGAAGCAUCCCCUUACGUGAGCCCUGCCAGUUCCACUCAGCUCCUACAGAGUCAGGAGAAAGGGGCCGCUAGGGGAUCAACCCCAGUAUCUUAGUUUCUUCUGCAACACACUGUCCUCCUAGUCCGGCGUGUUUAGAGGAGGGAUGACGGGAAGCAGCUUUUGUGUCUGUCAUCGGAGAGAGAGACAGUCACCAGCAGUUCAGACACGUGCUGAGAGUGCUGGCUCCCAGGGUGGAGACCGUAGGGUUGGGGAACCGCUGCUCUGGGAUCUGCUGUCUGUCUCCCAUUCUGCAUCUUGCGUGCCGUGCCAUGGACUUGGGCUGCUCGUGAUUGCAAGCUGCAGCCGUUCCGAGUGAGUUCCGAUGCCUGCUGGCGCAUGGGAGGCAGUGGGCACCAGCCGGCCCAGCCUCAGCCUGGCAAAGUGGCACUGUUGCUCUUUAAGGACAGGACCGGCUGCAUUUGGACACUGCCAGGCAGUGAGAGGUUCUGUGGCAGCCGAGAGGGGCAAGCUGAAGGAGGCAGGAAUCAGUCAGUCAGGCUGAUAGUCUAUGGCAACUGCUCAAUCCGUUAACACAGGGACACACGUGCCUCACUGUGAACACAGCCACCUGCUCUCCCGCCAGCCGGAGCGCACGGCUGUGCGUAGACCAGGCCGUGCGCUGUCCCACGCUGUUCCGUACCCCACAGGCCUGGCAUGUGGCUGGAGGGCUGUGAAGCACUGGGUUCCCUCGGGUUAAGGGAGGAAGGUGUGAGUGGCAAUUUCCGGGCCUAGGCGUGACGAGAGAAACAGGCAGGAUGCUAGUCCCAGUCCCUUCCAUCGCGGGAGCAAGGGAAUGGUCCUAGGGUGAGGCAUUAGGAGAUAACUGCCUACUAGGCUUUGCCUUUGUAGUUCCUCCAUAAAGGCUAUGGACGAGGUUGUUUGAAUCAUAAGGGACCAAUCCUGGAGGCCAUGCCGAGGCAAAACGCUCUGCGGCCUGUAUGAGUUUUGGCUGGGUUUGGCCUGUAGGACGAGUCCCCACAGAGUGGCUGGAACAGGGUGGUGAGCUGCACAUUUGGUGUUUGCAUUUAUUCUGUUGGAGGUAAACUCUGCUUUGGGCCCCGAUCAGCUCCACGGCCGCGCACACGCCUGACCCUAGGAAUGCAGGAGAGAAAAAUCCUGGAGAGGUCAGUGGUGUUUGAUUUGCAGGGCCAAUGGGAUUGGAUAAGGCUGAUCCUGUGACUGAAGAUAACAUUUUGAAGCCAAAGUAUCAUCGAGUCUUGGAAACCCGUAACGUUUUUAUCUUCUGUGCCAGGACUGCAUGUAUAUCACACAAACACACACGCCUGUUAGGAGACUGAGGACUCAGACAAGCUCCAUCUCCAUGCUCUGUACUGUAGGAACCUGUUCUGCAGCUCCUGCUGCCCACUACUGAUUUUCUCUCUCCUUUCCACACAAUGGACAAAAAUCAUCCCUGGUGCAACUCCAGUGACUUCUUUGGGUUUCCCUCAGGGCUAGAUUUGGUCCAUCUUUGCUCCCCUCUCUUCCUCUGCCCUCGAGGAUUAUUUAAUUUGUUAGUCUCUAAGGUGCCACAAGUACUCCUGUUCUUUCUUUAACUGUCUAAAUGAUUUGAGAGCUGGGUUAGAGGAAAGAUGCCUCUUGGGAUGAAGUUCUCUUGUGGUGAGCUGCAUUCAUGCGGGAUCUUCUGGGCGCAUGAGAAACCAUCUUCUCCUGUCAACCCCCAGAGAACCCAGGGUGAGUGCACUCCACCUGAUAUAUUCUCCACGCUUAUUCUGGGUACCCCGAGGCCUGCUGAUACUGGUGUUUUCAAUGUUGUGGCUGUGUUGGUCCCAGAAUAUGAGAGCGACAAGCUGGGUGAGGGAAUAGCCUUUAUGGGGGUGGAAGAGCCAAGCUUUUGAACUCCACGGAGCUCUUCUCCAGGUCUGGGGCUGGUACUCAGGGGGUCACAGCUCAGUGCAAGCUAGGUCAGGUUGUUAAGCAUAAGGGGGUAACACAUGUUGCCAGAGACCAGUUACAAUGAAGUGGGAAAUUAACACCUCUGCAAUCGAAGGACAAAGGCUGGUUAGUAGGUUACAAAUUGUAACGCACCAUAAAACCAGGACCAUGCUUUUUGGUGUCUAGCAACGUUCUCAGUUUAAGUUCCCAGGCUCAUCUUUUGAAGGCAUCGUGAAGGUUUCCUUUGAGGAGCGGGAGUGAGAGAGACGAUACAGAGCAAUCGUGUUGUGAGAAGUGUUCGCCGUGGUGAUGGGGUGUUUUGGUCUCAUCAUUUUGCUGUGUGAGUUCAUUUGACAGUCUGGUUUCACCCACAUAGUUAUUGUUGGGGCAUUUGCUGUAAUGGGUCAUGUACAUCACAUGUUGUGAUAGGCACAUGUAGGGCCCAUGUGUCUUGAAAGGCAGGUUGGGGAGAGUGCUGGUCAUUGUAGCAGCGGAGAGAUGUCUGCAGGUUUCACAUCUGUUGGUCUGGCAAAGUCUGGUGCUGCUUUGAGUUGAUGUCUUGCUUUUGUGGAUGAGGUUUGCAGGUUUGGAGGGUUGUCUGAAGGCCAGAAGAGUGGGUUCAGGAAAGACUGAAAUGCUGGGUCUCUUUAGAGCAGAGAUGAGUAAGAGAGGGCAUGAGGAAGGCAUACAAAAUAAUGGGAUGGAGAAAGGAAAUCAGCUGCUCUUAUUUACCCUUUCACAACACAAGGACAAGGGGGCACUGUGAAACUGAACCCGAUUAUAACUGAUUCCUUACACACAGCACAGAAUAACUUGUGGAACUCACUACCACAGGACAUCCAGGCGCAGAGCAGAGUAGGGUUUAAAAGAGGAUCUGACAGUCAGAUGUGACAACAGCCACAAUUUCAGGAGAGGGGAUAAAAAUUAUAUUUUUAGAAGGGAUCAAAAACUGCAGGCUUCAGGCAUUAGCCCACUACUAACUGGUGCAGUGGGCGGGGGCAGGAUAGGAAGACAUUUCCCCUGUGGCAAGAAUAUUCUAUCCACUGGGAAGCUCCUUGCACCUAUCUCGGAAACAUCUGUUCCUGACCAAUGGUGAAGACAGGACCCUGAGCUAGCUGGUCUGACCCAUUGGCUGAUUGCUGCCAGGUGGUCACUCCCUCACAGGCAGAGCCCAGGAGAACUGCAGAAUGGAGGCAGUGGCUGGGAAUGUCACUGACUGUCAGGUGGGGCUCAGAACGUUCUGUUGACUCUGGUUCGAAUCCAGCACUGGCUAAGAUCUCGCAGGGAAGCACUUAUAGUAACGGCAGUCUUGUGCGACGGUUCAUUUGGGCACACGCUAGUUUGGGGGAGGGGUGGGGAGUAGCCAAGGAAAAGUCUCCCAUUUAGUAAAUGCUGAGCAACACCUCAGAGCCAUACCUAACGGGGUAGGGAGGGGGAGGCGGCCAUGUGUGCCCGGGGGAUAGGGAAGUUAUGAGUGGUUGAGACAGGGAGCAGCGUGCCAAAGAGAGGUGGAGUCAGCCUGGUGUCUAGGUCGGGGGGCUACUUUGACAGCUGCCUGUCACCUGCUUUCCCAGCUAUUUGCCUCUCUUCUGGUCCAUCGGCAAGUUUGUUUUACCAGCUUAGGCUCCCUUAAACUCAGUGGGUCGGAGGCCAUAGGUGCUGGAACUGGGAGUGCUGGGGGGUGCGGCAGCACCCUGUGACUUGAAGUGGAUUCCAUUAUGUACAGGAUUUACAGCUUGGUUCAGUGGCUCUCAGCACCCCGCUCAGAUGCUGAUCUCAUUUGCUCCAGAAUAGCACCACUGACCCCCCCAACAGCGCUGCUGCAGAGAUCACCAGCAUAACUCAGCUCAGCAUUAUGCUGUGUGGGCUAAAGUCAUUCCUGGUGGAAUUGCAUUGUACCAAGCGGAGUGACCCCAGGGAUUAAUGUGCCCCAGUGAAAAUUCCCUAGGGCCUGAGCCAAAGUCCAUUGAAACUAAUGGGCGCCUCAUUCAGACUCCGCUCGACUUCAGAGGGCUUUGGAUCAGGCCAUUAACAGUGUGUCACUUCCACCACCAGGUGUGUGAAAUUUCCCUGCCAACAACGUGCUGGAUUUGGGGCAACUGCAUGUGUCAGUGGGUAAUUUACCCCAGUUACAGGCGCUCUCCCAGCCAGCUGUGCUCGCUAGCUUGGCCAGUGGUCCUGGCUCUGGCUAGGCCCAGCAACGUUUCAAGGCUUGCCAGUUGGACGUUAAGUUCUGUAGCGUUACACCCAGUGAAAGCAGUAACAAUCCAUCCUCUGGGAGAAAAAAAUAACCCAGACAACGGUGGGUGAGGAGAUCAUGUAUAGUCAGACAGCGCCUUCUGUCCCAUCCCCAACACACUCAUUGAGACAGUAGCGAUCUCACCGAUGAGUUAGUUCUAUUCAAUAACGAUCUUUGCCCUUAUUCAUUACUCACCUGCAUUCAGCAUGAACGUUUGGAGACCGCGCAUUGACCAUUCGAUCUGUAUAUACGCACGUCGGGCGCGCUAGAGAGAGACAGAGAGAAAACCAACCCUUGUUAUUUUUAGGUAACCUGACUGGGCAAUGUGGUACUUUUUGUAAAGUGGUUACUUUGUACUGUUCAUUGAGAACUUGCUUCUUCGGUUUCUCCCCUGUAUCUGUGACGUUUCUGUGUUCUGUCAAAUAAAUUAUUCUAGUUUAUUAAACUCAGAGAAGAAACCACA